CCCAUUUCGUUCCCGCAAUCGUCGGAACGGCGACGCACAACGACGGCCAUGGCGGCGCGGUGGCUGCGUUCGACGGAGCAGCGUGCCGCGGACCGAGUCCGGCGCGCUCCUCCGGCGAGCGUGGCUGCGGGCAUCGCGAGUACGGCGUUCGGUGGCGCGAGCAGGCGGCGGCUGCGGGGCAUUUCGCCAACGGUCGCUGGCGCAAGCUUUCGGCGGCGACGACGGCGUGCAAGGCGCGGAGGCCAGGCGACGCGCGCGUGCGUGAGCGCAGCAGCGACGGCUGCUGCUUCAUUCCGCGCGCCACCCCGAAAGGCGGCGGCGUCCCGGCCAUGGCGUGCGCGUACGGCGGCGGCCGUGCGGACCCCGAAAGCCGGCGUCAUCUGGGCGGGACUGGGCAAACCUCGCCGAUGGGCCGGCGGGUCUUGUUGCCGAGUGCGUCCUCGCCAGCGACAUGGCCGGCAAUGUCCGCCUCCGCGCCGUGUGCCACCCUUGGAGGCGCCACACGACAGACCCGCGGGUGUACGGCCUUGACCGACGCUGCCAUCCUCGGCAGUGGAUCAUGCUCCAGGAGGAACUCGCCCCUUCCCACCGCCGUUGCUUCCUCAACGUCUCCACCAGCGAGUGCAUAAAACUUGAUCUUCCAGAGCUCCGCGACCACGAAACACUUGGGCGCACGUCCGAGGGCCUCCUCUUCCUGCUCCACAAGCGCACCAACAUUCGACUACUAAAUCCGCUCAAGCGCCACCUCGAAGAGCUCCCGCCACUGAUCACGCUGCUGCCUCCUUACCGGUACACCUACCUCAUCAGUACUACUCAUUUCGAGCAAUGCAUGACAGCGUGGGGCUGCGGCAUCACCGAUGAUUCCGUGGUCGUGUCGUAUUUACACAAACUUCGCAUCCUAGCCGUCGCCAAGCCUGGCGAUGAGCGCUGGACAUCGGUUUCAUACAAAAGCCAUCCGUCCAAACCUUUAGUGUUCUUGGGCCGUUUUUAUUGCGUCACUGAGGAUAAUCUCAUGGUGCUAAAGACGAGUCUGGAUCAACCACCACGGAUGGAGGUGGCCGCCGAGCUGUGUAGGCCACUGUGCUCAACUUUUCAUAGCAUGCACAUGGUGGACAAUGGCGGGGAGCUAAUGUUGGUGCACCGCAUGCUCCGGAGUAGCCCCAGGAGGUUCGACUACGACCUGUAUCGACUGGAUUUGGAGAUGGGGAAAUUUUUCCCGGCAAACAGCUUCAAUGGACGUGCACUGUUUAUGGCUAGACAUUGCUCUCUUUCGGUGUCCACAAAAGUUUUUCCCUCCAUCAGUUCUGACACUAUCUACAUGAGCUUCGAUUUGGAUGAGAGAGUGAGUAUGCAAAUUCAAGCCUACAAUGUUGUGGUUAGAGGUACCGAACUUGCAAGCUACAUCCUGAACAGCUCCACGGCAGCGCUGCCGUCGCCGCUUACUCUUGUUGACUGUCUCUCCUUGUGCAAUGUUGUCAAACUAAAUUGCAAACACUUAGCAUCAGUGAUUUGAGUUGCAAUUGUAUUUGUUCUCGUUUAGCUAUUGUACCGGUAUGAAUGGGCUUCAUACAAGCAAUUGUCCCAGGGGCUCGACCUUCCAUCGUAAUCUCAUUUUUAGGAGGGUGUGCCUAACUGAAAGCGUGUAUUUUCUUCCAUCAAUUCAUUCUGAUGCAAGUUCUUCUGCAUUUUCUCGGGGAAAAAACUGGUUCUUCAUUGUUCUACAUAUGAACGAAUAUUUUGCUUUAUCUUAACUUUGUCACGAUAUUAGGCUUGGGUUAUAGGAUCUCGAUUAAAACACCUAGUGCUCUAUUUUUUUGUGGGAAAAAAUUAAAAAAAUAGAGCACCUAGUGCUCUAUUAAUACCAAGUCUAGUGGUAACUCUGUCCGCACAUAUUUGAACCAUAGUUCAAAAUAUUAAAUCCCCGGAGCUCCGUGAUCCGCCUGUGGUUCCUCAUCAUUGGCAUUGCCAAGCCUGGCGAUGAGCGUUGGACACUGGUUCAGAUCGGAUAUUUUCGAGGUACAGCUCCAUUGAUGUUCUUAGGCCGCUGGUACUACACCAGAGGACAACCUCAUGGUGCUGGAGACGAGGGCAGAUCGGCGACCACGGAUGAAGGUGGCUGCCAAGUUGCGGAGGCACGUUUGCAGGACGGCGGGUACCGCGCACCUCGUGGACAACGGUGGAGAGUUAAUGGUGGUGCACCGUAUGCUUUCUUGUUCAGAUAACUCAAGGUACAAAGUGUAUCAACUGGAUUUCGAUAACAAGAGACUACUCCGGGUCAAGACCUUGAGCAAGCGGGCGCUGUUCUUAGCGAUGCAUUACUCUUUCUCGGUGUCCAUGAGGGUUUUCCCCUCCAUUUGUGGUGACACUAUCUAUUUUAGCUUUGAUCUUCAGGAGAGAUUUGAUGAGCACAUUGAGGCCUACUGUCUCACCGACAAAAGCAACAAGCUGGCAAACUACAUCUUAAACAGCACUUUGUGCAGAGUCGUGCCAUCGCCGCAUAUUGUCGCUGACUGUCUCUCCUGCAAUACUUUCAUAACUUCAGGAUUGUAUUCCAAUUGGUUGGCAUCAAUAAUAACUUCAGCUACAAAGUGAGCAUAGAUUAGAUGGUUAGGUUUCUUGUGGUGGAACCAGCCUGCCGGGUUUAAGUCCAAGACUUGCACCGAUGUGUGCAUUUUCCUGAAUUUAUUCUAGGCUUUCUGGUGAUGUUCGUUCAGUGGAAGAGGACGUUUUCAUUGACUACGAGGCAUCUGUUAUGACUUCAUCAAUCUCAAGAUUUGCUGGCUUGGUCUCUCGGAGGUGUUCACGAGGAUAGGAUGUGUGUGUGUUCAUGAGAAAGAGUGUGUGAGCAUUUGCAUCUGUACUGUGUUUUAAGAAAAAUAAAAGAAAUGAGUUUACCCCUCUGAUGGCCUGUGUGGCAAGUGUGCCUAUAUUAUAUUCAAGCAUGUACACCAUGUGCAGUAGUCCUUUGGGAGUAUAUCCCGGAUAUUUAGCAUUUGUACCUGAAGUUGGUAAGCAUAUGUGGUAUGUGCAGUUGGGCCAAACCUAAAGUUAGGGUGUCUGUUUCCCUCCAGUAGGCUCGACUUUCUCUUGCAAUCGCAUGUUGGGUGUCUUUCUGUGGACUUGUACAUAACAUUUUCUGUCAAUUCUAUGUAUCAAGACGGGUAUUUCGAGAGUUUGAGUGUCGAAUUUUGUGUUGGAUUCCUUCAUGAAUGUGCUGCCUCGGAACAUUCCUGAUAUACACGAAGAAAGCAAAUUCUUCUCACUGUCUUGAAUGGGCAAGGAACUGGAUGAGGCACAACAUACAAUGGAAGUUGAUAAACCAAUGGCAUGAGCCUAAUUCGUAUAUGAGGGAUGGCAGAGAGUAAAAUGGCAACACAAAUUUGGAUACUAAAUAAGUAUCAUUGAAAUUAGCAAGAAUUUCCAUAGAAAAUAUCAUGAAGUACACACAGAAUAUUUACAUGCCCUCUGAAUAUUUGAAUGAAUAACAAUCUACAAUAUAGUAUUGCACUUCAUCCAUGAGACCAUGAACAACCAGGACAGGUGCUUAAAUUCGGCUUCAGACAAAACACCUCAAGAAAUUAUAACAUAAGUUACAUGCUUCGUUUUCACGCAUCAUGUGAUGCAGAAGCUUAUGAAUUACAUGGACAGUCUUAUGAUUCUCUCAAAAAUAAUGUUUGAUAAUUCUACACCAUCACAAGAAUCAUCCCAUGUGUGUGUUCUGCCUUUUUCUGACAUCGUCUCACAGCAGAGCAAAUCAUAGAUAACUGAACAGUUCCGAUCCUAGUAAACCUCAA